AUGCCGCGCUCCUUCUUGGUGAAGAAGAUCAAAGGGGACACCUUCCAGUGCAGCGGGGUGCCGGCCCCCACCUACCACCCCUUGGAGACUGCCUACGUGCUCCCCGGCGCCAGGGGCUCUCCUGGGGACAACGGUUACGUCCCGCACUGCCUGCCACCGAGCAGCUAUGAUGCCGACCAGAAGCCGGGCCUGGAGUUGGCACCGGCCGAGCCUGCCUACCCAUCAGCGACGCAGGAAGAGUACAGCGACCCCGAGAGUCCGCAGUCGAGCCUGUCGGCGCGCUACUUCCGCGGGGAGGCUGCAGUGACCGACAGCUACUCCAUGGACGCCUUCUUCAUCUCAGACGGGCGCUCGCGGCGACGCCGGGGCGGGGGCGGCGGGGACGGGGGCGGCGCGGGUCAUGGGGGCGGCGGCGGCGGGGGGCGUGCGGGGCGCGCGGGGGCGCCGGCGGGCGGUGGGCACCGGCACGCGUGCGCUGAGUGCGGUAAGACGUAUGCCACGUCGUCGAACCUGAGCCGCCACAAGCAGACGCACCGCAGCCUGGACAGCCAGCUAGCGCGCAAGUGCCCGACGUGCGGCAAAGCGUACGUGUCCAUGCCCGCGCUCGCCAUGCACGUGCUCACGCACAACCUGCGCCACAAGUGCGGCGUGUGCGGCAAGGCCUUCUCGCGGCCCUGGCUACUGCAGGGCCACAUGCGCUCGCAUACGGGCGAGAAGCCGUUCGGCUGCGCGCACUGCGGCAAGGCUUUCGCCGACCGCUCCAACCUGCGCGCCCACAUGCAGACGCACUCGGCCUUCAAGCACUACCGCUGCCGCCAGUGCGACAAGAGUUUCGCGCUCAAGUCCUACCUCCACAAGCACUGCGAGGCGGCCUGCGUCAAGGGCGCCGAGCCGCCCCCGCCACCCCCCACCGGCGCGGCCAGCUGA